AAGCCCUUGAGCGGAGGCCACUACAAGUGCUUUUUCAGCAAACCACGGAAAAUACUUUUUGCAGCUGACUGCAGCGAAGACCUCGUCAAGUAGUAGACCACAUCAGGCUACACUGAGAUCUGUAUGAUUCCGGAAAUAGUCGACGCUCAAGUAACUGUUGUCUUGUUGAUUUUGAGAGCAAUGGCAAAUCCGUUAAACUGGAGUUGAUGAUAGUCGAGUAUGGGGCGAAACAAACAAUGUUUCAUUUCGAUUGAGUUAUUUUGUAUCAGGCUUUGCUCUAGAGUGUUGUCACAUGCAGCGUUCUUACAUUAACCUUUUAGUGAGCUUGCAAAUGUUGUAGUUAGCCUAUAUUUUCGCGUUCAUAUAUGAUUCGUCUGUGACUACCCCUUCAUUCGGCCCCCUCCGUUGGCUACUCCCCUCCCUGGGUCCUGUGUGUGAUAAGCAAACUGGGAGGAGCUGGCGUCUCGUGCGGUCCCCCCUCCUUUUCCCUCACCUCAGUCAUUUCAGAGGGAGAGAAUGAAAAAUAAAGGAGAGGGGUCUGCCUUGAACACGAGCGGAAAGGCGUCAUUUUAGUCCAGAAAGCAGUUGGACUAGUUACAUACUGCUACGCACGGGCCUGGCCCGAAGAUAACGGCGAUGGAGAGGAGAGGGUCGCGAGUCAUUAAACCGUCAAAAUUGCUGUAGGAAGGCGCAAGGAUCAUUUUCAUUUUAUCCCGCAUCUCGGCUACCGGGAUGGAGAUAAGCUAUCCCCUGCAUCAGUACGUCGAUCAACAAAGUGAAUGGCUCUGAACAUCUUGAAUGCAGCGUUGUUGUUCACUCUCUCCUGUCACUGAAUCCAGUACUACAGUCCGUAAUAUUUCGUACGAAACGCGAGGUUUACAUGGACAGAGCGGCUAACGAACAGACAACUGGACCGACUCAUUUUCUCCGCUGGGGAUCCAGAGGUAGCCUACCUCAGAAUCUACAGUGUUGCCUCUGCCUUGCCGCACAGCGUAAGCGGGCUAUGCGCCUCUGCGUUAAGAUAAUAAUGUAAUGGAGAUUGGUGUAGCCAGGCACACACGAAAGCUACGAUGCGUUAUAACUUGGAUACUUCUGGCUGUUAAUACGACCAAGGAAACGACAAUAGCAUCUUCUGGAUCGCAAUGAACAUCUAGCCUAGGUACAACCCAAAACAGGCGAUGGGAUGAAAAUGCGACGGCAUAGGGUGUUCUUGCUUUGCACGGUGGGCCUGUGUGUCAUCUCCUUCCUGCACUACUACAAGGCGCUGCACUACGUGUCGCUGCUGCGCGAGCUCUCCGCCCCCUACCCCAACAUCAAGUCCUUUAUCAUGGUCACCGGCUUCUUCUGGAGGGAGAGGGCCACGCCUCUGGCCAGCGCCGUGCCCGAGGAGGGGCCGCCGCUGGACCUCAGGCCCUCGGACACCAAGCCCCGGGCCGGGGAGCACAUGGAGGGUGAGAGGAUGAUGGGAGGGCUUGAUGACCCGGGGGGGCUAGUGAUGGAGGUGGGGGAGGAUCCUGGAGUGCCCAGACCGUGGGGGAGGCCUGAGGAACCACCACACCGAGAUCCUGAGAAAAAUGAGCGCCAGAAGGUGACGCCCUGGCACCCCAAUCCCCCAGUAGUUCGUCUGAGACCGGAGGCUCCGCACGUGGUGGUGGAGGUGGAAGAACUGACCCCACGACGGCUCCUACCCCCCGACCCGAUCGAGUCCAUGGACGACCUCCACAGCCGCGUUCACCACCUCCAGAACGACCGCGCGCCCUACUUUGUGCGCACCAAAGCCGGCGCCCUGUGCUUCCGGCAGGGGACCGAAGUAGCGCCCCCUGGUGGCCAGGCCAAAGUGGCAGGCCCCACAGCAGCAGCAGCAGCAGCAGCAGCAGCAGCGACCAAACACGGUCAGCGGCAGCUCCUCCAGCAGCCCAUGCACCCCCAGCUUCAACAGCAGCAGCAGCAGCAACAGCAGCAGUAUCCCCCCGAGGAGCAGGCCGGCACUCUGCGCGCCAAGCCCAGGCGUGGCAAGCGGCUGGUGAAGUGCGUGUGCCGGCCCGGCUGGCACGGGCCCUACUGCGGCGUGCCCACCAUGGUCUACCACUCCAACCUGCCCACCAAGGAGCGGCUGACGCCUCGCGAGACGCCCCGGCGCGUCAUCAACGCCAUCAACGUCAACCACGAGUUCGACCUGCUGCACGUGCGCUUUCACGAGCUGGCGAGCGCCGUGGACCUUUUCCUGGUGUGCGAGUCGAACUUCACGGCGUACGGCGACCGGAGGCCGCUGCGCUUCCUGCGCCUGCUGCUCAACGGCACGUACGACUACAUCCGCCACAAGAUCCUCUACGUCUUCCUCGACCACUUCCCCGACGGCGGGCGGCAGGACGGCUGGAUCGCCGACGACUACCUGCGCACCUUUCUGACGCGCAACGGCAUGUCGCGGGUGGCGGGCCUCCGGCCGGACGACGUCUUCCUCAUCAACGACGCCGACGAGAUCCCGGCCCGCGAGGGCAUCCUCUUCCUCAAGCUGUUCGACGGCUGGACGGAGCCCUUCGCCAUCCACAUGCGCAAGUCGCUCUACGGCUUCUUCUGGAAGCAGCUGGGCUCUCUGGAGGUGGUGUCGGGCUGCACCGUGGGCAUGCUCCAUGACGUCUACGACAACGACGGCAUCCGGCUGCGGCGGCGAGAGUACUACACCAUGCCAGGCUUCCGUAAGUACGAGAACGACACGGGACACAUCCUGGUGCAGUGGUCGCUGGGAAGUCCGUUCCACUUUGCCGGUUGGCACUGCUCGUGGUGCUUCACCCCCGAGGGGAUCCACUUUAAGCUCAUCUCGGCCCAGAACGGGGACUUCCCGCGAUGGGGCGACUACGAGGACAAGCGGGACCUUAAAUACAUCCGGGAGCUGAUCCGAACCGGGGGCUGGUUCGACGGCUCCGUGCAGGAGUACCCUCCUUCGGAUCCCAAGGAGCACAUGUACGCUCCCAAAUACAUGUUGGACCACUACGAGCAGUACCGGUACUUGCUGGAGAACCCGUACGAAACGAAGAUAAACGGGGGGUAAGGCAGCACGCGGCAGGGGCUUUUCAGACGGUCUGCGGGAGAACCACGGGUGAGGGUUCCAGGAUGUCACGGGGUUCCGUGGGGAGAAAAGGGAUAAAACCAUGGCAACUUGUACAAUGCCCCGCCCAUCAAAAGUCCGGCCCCCCUUUCCACACAGGCCCACCCACUGCUCCACGACCAUCCAAUGACAGGGUACACAGCAGUGGGUGGGGUUGGACUGGCAUGGUUGGACAUACCAAACAGCGCUGGCGCAAGACACCACGAGGAAGUGGAGCAAUGCUAAACUGUCCAUUGAUGUUGAUGUUGAUAUUGUGUGUGUCCCCCCCCCCCCCCCCCCCCAGAAUAACAGCCCUGACCAGGGAGGGCUCUCUCCUGUCGCAUCUUUCUGCUGUUGUGUCUACGAUGAACCCUGCAGCUCUCUCUGGACAUAUCUCAUAGAAGGGGGUCGGUCAGUCGGUCCUCAAUACCCUUCUGUCCUACAUACAAAACAACAAGCCCCCGUGCAUUCAGAGGAGAAAACACCAGGCUUAACAUUAUUGCAUUGUUGGGAGUGGACUGGAGACUGAUCUCCUUUUUGUCCGAUCACCGUGAGUUUUGUGUUACCUUUUUGUUAUUGAAAGCGAGGGAAGGAGGAAGUGAAAGGAGCGAACGAGUGAACAAUACAGAUUGCUCUCUACUGCUUUUCAGUUCCUGUUUGCUCUGAGAAAGGCAUUUGAUGACCUUAAUUCACAUCAAGAUCCUGGUCGAAACGGCCGCUAUGACGGCCACUCUGCGCGAGUAACCGGUGGUUGGCGAUAAGAGCUAGUCAUGUUAUUCAGAAGCAGAGCAACCAGUCAAGCUGAGUGUCAAGAGUCUUCAGCCUCAGUCCUGCAACUGGCCUCUGAGCUGAGCUAAGCUAAGCUGGCCUGGGGAGGAUUAGCUUUGAUAGCGGUCACUGGUGUUCUCAUGCAGGAAAUAUCACAGGUCACGCCGCCUGCUGCAAGUGGAGUAAUGUGCCGUGCUCCACGAAGGUGUCUGACAGGGAGGGGUCUGCUGUUGCUGUGGCUCAGAGCGCCCAGCAUGGGGGGGGGGGGCGUGGGGUAGAGCUGACAGCUUCCUUCAGCAGACUAGGAUGAAUAAAUCAUGGCUGGCAUGAGUGUCCAGACACAGCAGGAGUAUCUCUCUAUUUCUCUCUCUUCCUCUCCCCCUCUGUCUCUCUCCCUCUUUCUUUCUUUCUUUCUCUCUUUCUCUCUCUCUCUCCCUCUUCCCUCUCUCAUUCUCUUUCCAUACAAUGGUUCAAUAGAAGGGUUUUAAAGUCAACCCCCCCUCUCUCUUGCACUCUCGCUCUCUCUCUCUGUGUCUCUCUUGCUCUCUCUUUGUCUCUCUCUCUCUUAGUCUCAAACAGCCUUUUUCCAGGGGACAGGCUUUUAGGGACAUGAGUUGGAACUCUGUUUCUCUCCUCUUUCUCCCUCUCUGCCACACACACACACACACACACACACACACA